UUGGCUCAGGAAAAGACGAGAGAUGCAGGACAAUGUUAUAGCAAAUUAAAUAAAAACAAAAGUGCCUUAUGUUGGGGACUGAAUGAUCACUGAACUAGCCCGAGCGGUCCCGUUCGUGUGAAAUGAGGCGGGCAGCCGGUCUGAGGCUCGGUGAGGCGAGAGGGUGUUUGGAGUAACUGGUACUUAUGCUGUUUUUCCGCGUCUGGAUUUGAGCUCUGCGUAAGGUGAGAAGCUGAACCGGGCCGGGUCGCCCCUAUGGAUCGGCACCAUGGAUGCUUUCAGUUUCCCCUUUAACAGCAGCGAUGAAACCGCACAGCCUUCUAGUCGGCCGGGAACACAUAUCACCGGGCAUGGCCCUUUGGCGGCGGCGGUGGCGACGACCCCGUCCAAAGCCGGAUACUGGACCGUCGUGUUUGAUUAUGAUGCCACCGCCGAGGAUGAGCUCAGUCUGCGGAAGGGGGAUCGGGUAGAGGUGUUGUCCAAGGACUCGCUGGUGUCAGGGGAUGAGGGCUGGUGGACAGGUAUGAUCGAGGACCGGGUCGGUAUUUUCCCCAGUAACUACGUGAGCGGCGGUAACGGCAUCUCGGAGAAAAUCCGGGACACGGCAGAGAACUACGACGAUUAUUCGGUGCCUCAGUUACACUUGCUGCAUAUAGACUUCAGUGAGUUGGCUCUUGAGGAAAUGAUUGGAGUUGGGGGUUUUGGUAAGGUGUACCGUGCCAUUUGGAAAGGCAAGGAGGUGGCGGUGAAGGCUGCUCGCCGGGACCCGGAUGAGGACGUGUCUCAGACACUGGAGAGUGUCCGUCAGGAAGCCAAGCUCUUCACCAUGCUGACACACCCCAACAUUAUGGGCCUUCUGGGUGUGUGCCUGCAGGAGCCCAACCUCUGUCUGGUCAUGGAGUAUGCCCGCGGUGGGCCUCUCAAUCGGGCGCUAGCUGGGAAACGCAUUGCUCCACACACGCUGGUGGACUGGGCGGUACAGAUUGCACGUGCCAUGCUCUACCUGCACUGCCAGGCCAUUGUACCUGUCAUCCACAGAGACCUGAAGUCCAGCAACAUUCUGAUUCUGGAACGAGUGGAGAACGAUGAUCUGAGCAACAAGACGCUAAAGGUGACAGAUUUCGGUUUGGCUCGAGAGUGGCACCGGACCACAAAAAUGAGUGCAGCGGGGACAUACGCCUGGAUGGCUCCUGAGGUCAUCCGCUCCUCAACCUUUUCCAAGGGCAGUGACGUGUGGAGUUAUGGGGUUUUGUUGUGGGAGCUGCUAACAGGAGAGGUGCCGUUUCGUGGCAUUGAUAGUCUGGCAGUAGCUUACGGUGUGGCCAUGAAUAAACUGUCUCUACCGAUCCCCUCCACCUGCCCCGAGCCAUUUGCCCGACUGAUGGAAGACUGUUGGAAUGUGGACCCUCACGCACGCCCCCACUUCACCAGUAUUCUAGACCAGCUGACAGCUAUCGAGGAGUCUGGCUUCUUUGAGAUGCCGGCAGAAUCAUUCCAAUCCCUGCAGGAUGACUGGAAGCUGGAGGUUCAGGAGAUGUUCGACCAGCUCAGAGCCAAAGAGAAGGAGUUGAGAUCCUGGGAGGAGGAACUGAGUCGUGCGGCUCUACAGCAGAAGUACCAGGAAGAGGCUUUACGACGGCGUGAGCAGGAACUGGCGGAAAGAGAGAUUCACAUUUUGGAACGAGAGCUCAACGUCAUCAUUCACCAACUGUACCAGGAGAAACCACGUGUGCAACACCGCCACGGAAAGUUCCGGCGCAGUCGACUUAAACUGCGUGAUGGAAACCGCAUCAGUCUGCCUUCAGAUUUCCAGCAUAAGAUCACGGUACAAGCAUCACCAUCUUUGGAUAGAAGGCGGAGCCUCCUGGGCAGUAACUCCACGCCCCCAAACAGCCCUCUUGUUUUGCCACGCCUCCGUGCAAUCCAGUUGACCCCUGGAGUAGGAGGUCAAGCCUGGGGUCGUAACACUGCUUUCCAGUUUGAUGAAGAGGAGGAGAGGAAGACUUUACAGAAAAAAGGGAGAACGCACAGAGAGCACAGCGCUGAUGAGAGUUCGAGGACUCCUAAAGAGGGCAGUCGGCAGCGUUCCUGCAGUGCUCCAAACCUGCGGCGCUCCCCCAGACACAGUCCUGCAGUACCAGGAGUGUCCAGCCUGGCUGAGACUGAAAAUGAAGACUGCUGCUUUCCAUCCGAGUCAGCUGAUUCUCCCGGCCAAUCAUACCUUUGCAUACCGUUCCAUAGGGAGGCACAUGCUGCGGACAGCUACGGCACCGAGAGCGGCACAACUGGCGUGGCUUCUGAUGUGUCCCCCAGUUAUACACGACGAAGCCUGAGCGGAAGUCGUAGAUCAGAACUGGUGUUGCUAGGCUGCGGGGCGGCUCUGGCUGCCAUUGGUUUGGGCCAUAACCUGCUGGACCUAGUACACGUGGAGGAGAGUGUACGUACACGAUGGGAAGGUCUGUUUCACCGUGCUGGUGGUCAAAGUCGCGGGACCAGCCCACCCACGCGCAAACUCUUUAAACGGGAAAGCCCUCGUCGCCCUCCCCCUCCACCCUCUUCUUUUACACUCCUUUCUCUCUCUUCUGUUUCUGACUGUAACUCAACCCGUUCUCUCCUCCGCUCCGACAGCGAAGAGGUACUCGUACUACGCCCACCUACGCCCCCUGGACAGACUCCAGCUCCUCUGAACCCCCUGGUCAACACCCACCUGGAGAGUUUUAAACGGAACCCUCGUCAGUCUCUCACGCCUACACAUGUGCCAUCUGCACACAGUACAACCUGCAGGCUUCAUCGUACACCUUCAGAUGGCGCGAUAAAGAAGGGAUGCCCACCUGCCCGUAACAACUAUAAUCACACCCCUACCACGCCCUCCAAAACAACGCAGGAUAACACAGCACCACAUAACUGUGCAGUGAACCCGUGGAGCUCAAGUGAGGACCCCUCGGAGUUGCCCCGUCUGCCUGACCCAAAUCUAGUCUUUCCACCUACACCACGUCGUCGCUUCCAACCUGAGCGUCCUAAGACUCUCGAUUUCCUGGCUAGGCCUCGCCCUUCUCCACGAGCUCGCUGUGGAUCCCAGUGGGGUGAAUCUCCCGCUCACACCUCCAGCACUGAAACCCCAUCCACUGUGGAGUUAGGAGGAGGUGUGGCCAUCUUGCCCACUCCAAUGGAACCAACCCCAUGUUCCCCUUGGGUGAAUGACAGCCUUUUGGACCAACAAGAUGAGGGACAAUGCAGGGAUGGUACACUGCCUCUUUCAUCAGACCCCAGUGUAACCCGAGACUCUCCUUACAGAGUGCGACCAGGGUUUUGCUCCUGACUCCACUCUAAACAAAACUUCAUACACAGUGACGGAUAUUAAAUUCCUUUUAUCAUUUACUCACCCUCAUGUUGCUCCAAACCCAUCUGUCUUUCUCUUCUCCAUGGAACACCAACGGAGGUCUUUCAUUAUAUGGAAAAAAGAUUAAAGUGAAUGGUGACUGAGACUAACAUUCUGCCUAACAUUUUCUUUGGUGUUCCACAGAAGAAAGUCAUAUGGGUUUGGGACAACAUGAUGGUGAGUAAUGUUUCAUUUUUUGGUGAACUAUUCCUUUAAUGAUUCACAAAUUCAGACCCACGUGGUUUCAGAUGUAGCAAGUAGACCAUCGGUUCAGAAAGGGAUUUGAUCUAAAUGACAUCCACUGCUGAAUAGAAAGGUAUAAAGGGUCAACCUGACAACCUACAGGAAAGUUCUCAGUAUACAAAUAUAACUACAUUUUACAGAUACCUUGAAAAGGGCACGUUAUGCACACAAAUGUACUUGGUUUUGUGCUUUGCUGAUCGAUUCAGCAGUGAAACCAAGGUUUUCAAUAGCAGCUCCUAAUAAACAUAAUAGUGCAGUUUUGAUAAGCUCUUCUUCAUUAAACACUAAGGUCCAGAUGUAAUAAGCUAUUGUUCAAAAAUACAAACCAGAUGCUUCAUUAAUGGCUGGACUGAUUUUCGAGUCCUUUAGAAAAGUACAGGAUCUGCAGCUUUGAUCUUGAGAGGCAUUUCAAACUCGUUGUUUUAUUCAUAUUGAGUGUCCUUUUGCGCAGUUUUAAAUUUCUGUCAGUAUGUAUAUACACAUUUCUGCAUGUUUAUGGUAGAAUUAGGACCUCCUGGGCUAGCUGAGAAAUUUUGGACCGUUUUCAGGUAUUAUUUGUCAUACAUGGAUGCGAUUGUAUACCUUUAGAAGUGCUUUUUUUCUGGUCUCAUGAAUGUACUGUAUAUUUAUGUCAAAUUUCUCAUAUUUACACCGUCCAAGAUCACUAAUUGUUCUGUAGUUUUCACUGUAGCAUGAAGUACAUAGACAUUCACAAAUAAUAUGCUAGUUUAACAACAAUGCUAAUACUUCUUCACUAAUGAAACCUCAUUCACCAGAAUUGAACAUCUUUAAGAUUAAUUAAUUGGCCCUAAAUGUGUAACUAUACAAUAGUCAGGUGUAUUACUGCAGUCUUCCAGUCUUGGUGUAUGUACAGUGUGUGUGUGUGUGUGUGUGUGUGUGUGUGUGUGUGUGUGUGAGAGAGAGAGAGAGAGAGAGCGAGAGAGAGUGACAGAGGUAAAUGCAUCAUGCAUGCAUGUGUUUCCAUGUAAUUGGAGGAUUCCAUUCUGUUUGUCUACAGAAUUUCUUUGAGAAUUUUUAAGGAUGCAUUAAAUUUGUUUUGCCAUUUUAUAAGGUGUAUAUCUUUUGUGCAAUAUAUACAUUUUCAUGUACACAUUGAUACUAAUUUCUGAAUGUAUUUAUUAAUUUAAGUUAUUUUUGUAUGUAUUUUGCACAUUGCUUUUUUGUUAUUUUGUAAAGACUUUGAUGAAGAUAAAUGUUUCUGUCUGGCUUUCUGAACAUGCUCAGACACGUACUCUCGAACAUUCUUUUGCACAUGCUCAUGUCUAGAUUGGGGUUUACAGCAGUGUUGUCUGCUGUGUCUCGCAACCCUUAAUCUUUCAUCUCUGUACUGGCAAACAUUCCUUUUGAGACACAACAACAUUUGGAGCCAAAAACCUGAUUAAACACACCAAAUUUCAAAAUAAUUUCUCAUGUAUUUCACCUAAACAAAGUCCUAAAAUAUCUGACCAGUUGACUCUGGAUCCAGGAACACUUGCUUCAUUCUGAAUGUGGUAUAUUUUUGUUUUUCAUGCUUGAAGGAAUGUGUAGCCAACAUGAAGAGCAUCUGCUGUCAUUUAUCAGCACAAUCACUGCUGUCUCUGAGAUCUGGGCAAGUGUUUUGGGUUCUGAAACUGCUGCUAUGAAACUUGUAUUGCACCCAAGCAAAUUAGACUUGUGUAAGAGCUCAAUUAAAGCCCUUAAAUGCUGAAAUGUGGUGGUUUGUGAAUGAUGUCUUAAUACUGGAAAUCAUGUGCAAGUAUUAUUAAUGUUUUGAGAUGAUGACAUCACAGCAAAGUGAAUGACAGGAGGCUGGCAUUUCACCAGAUAUGUUUGUUUUUUUCUGUCACUUAACAUAAACAUUCAAUUUAAAUUAUUCAGUGUGAGAUUAUGCUCUGUAAUAAAAUAACCUCAGUGCUCCACAUUACUGCAAAUUUAACACAAUUAGUAAAUGCUUCCUCAUCAAGAACAGCAUUUGAAAUGACAUUCAGAUGUAUUCAACAGUUUAAGCUUUCAUUCUUCUCCAUUACACAGAUUUGUAUCUAGCUGUUUCAAAGCCAGCAUGUCUAGGACACCAACCCAUCUGUCUCCAAGGAUGAUUUCCAUGGAAUCUCACCAUAGCAACCAGCACUGAAUUGGACUUUGUGUACCUGCUGUUUAGCUGCAAGUAAAACCCAUAAUAAGCAGUUGAGUAGAGAAAUAUAAAAAAAACAUUAAAGAUAAAACAGUCCUUUCUCAGUCAACAUUAUUUAAAAGGUCAUUAAUUUUGAGUCCAUCAAGUGAUAUUUUUCAAUCACCUACUUGCAACGUCUUCACUCCACAGCAAAUUAUUAAUUACUUCUAAAAUUGAAAUAAGAUUGCUUUGCCGAAUGCUUGAUCGAAAAAGUAAUCACAUUACUAAUUAAUCUACUUUUAAGUUACUUUCUAAGACACCUUUCAAAGAAAAGGUUUUUGAUUUUCUACUCAGCUAAUUCAAAAUAAUGUCUUUAUUUCCCCUUUAUUUUAUUUUUUUGCACGCAAGUUAUACACUUGUUUCUGACACAGAAACACAUACAGAAGUAUGAAUUAUUAGCAUAAUUCUUUAUAUGUGUUUUAUAUACAGGUAAAUAAUAUUUAUUAAGGUAAUUAACUUAAUUAUCAGGGGGUUUUUUAUUAAAAAAAAGUCAUACGAGUUCUGUAACUAAUUACUUUGCAAUCACACUACACCCAACACUGAAUCAGAAUCACUGAUAUAUCACAGCAAACAAAAACACACACUCCUAAAUAUAACAAUGAUCACAGUUUACUGUAUUUUACUCCUACAUGCUUCUGAGUGCAUAUGAGACUGUGCUUGAUUCACAUGCUUACACUCUUUAAGUCCACUGUAUGUGUGUGUUUGUACAUCUAAGCCCACACUGUGCAUGACAGAUCUUUCCCACUGCGAUCUGAAUGUGGUGUUAAAUGAAAAUUCUCUCAUCAUUUACUCACCCUCAUGCCAUCCCAGAUGUGUAUGACUUUCUUUCUUUUGCAGAACACAAACGAAGAUUUUUAGAAGAAUAUCUCAGCUCUGUUGGUCCAUACAAUGCAAUUGUGACCAAAACUUUUAAGCUCCAAAAAGCACAUAAAGGCAGCAUGAAAGUAAUCCAUAGGACUCCAGUGGUAUAAUCCAAGUCUUCAGAAGCAAUUUGAUAGGUGUGGGUGAGAAAAAGAUCAGUAUUUAAGUCCUUUUUUACUAUAAAUUCUCCUCCUUGCCCAAGAGGUGGCGAUAUGCACGAAGAAUGCGAAUUGCCAAAAAUAAAAGUAGAAGAAUGUGAAAGUGGUGAUUGUUUGUAAAAAAAGGACUUAAAUAUUAAUCUGUUCGUCACCCACACUAUAUAUAUAAUUUCUGAAGACAUGGAUUAAACCACUGGGGUCCUAUGGAUCACUUUCAU